GGAGCCUGCCCAACACCUGGAGGCCGGACUUGGGGGCUCGGCGCGGCUCCACCUGCUCGCAGCUCCCCGGCCGAACUACGUUUCCCAUAAGGUCCUGCGCAUCUACGACCGCGCCUCGCGGGAGGGCGGGACCCAGACAGGCAUCACUUCCGCUUCCGGCGAAGUCUUUGGUGACCGCGGCCUCCUGGGCUCUGCCUCUGCCCCCGCCAACGGGCCUAAACACGCGUCCGAGGCCCGGGCUUGUUGCAGAAUGAAGGAAUGAAUAAAUGAAUGAAUGAGUGAAUGAAUGAAUGAAUGAAUGGAUGAAUGAAUGAAUGAAGGAAGUCCAUCCUGGGAUCUCCAUCCAGCCUCAGCUGCAGCUGGCCCCCACCCUGGCAGCCUGGAGGAGGAAGAGGAGGGCAUGGGCCCUGGGGCCCCCCAGGACUCAGUGACCUUCAGUGACGUGGCUGUGGACUUUACCCUGGAGGAGUGGGGGCAGCUGGCCCCUCCUCAGAAGGAGCUUUACUGGGAGGUGAUGCUGGAGAACUACAGGAACCUGGUGUGCUUGGGACUGGCCGUGGCCAGCCCCAGUGUGAUUGACCAGCUGGAGCGAGGAGAAGGCCCUUGGAUGGUCGGAAGGAGCGCCCAGAAAAACCUUGGUGCCGAUCAGGAGACAAGCAGUAAAACCCAGGAAGCAACUAAAGAGCAAGGCCUUUUUUCAGAAGAGCCAUCAAAAGAAAGAUUCAGAAAGCAUCAUUCCUGUGAAUCCAAGUUAAGAGAAACUUGGAAAUGUGAUGUCACCUUACAGGGACAACAGGACAAUGAGGAGAAAUAUUCUGGAAAAUUAAAAAUCAUCCAAAGGAAAACUCUCAGUAAAGUGAGAGGCCAAAAAUAUAACAACUGUGGAAGAAGCUUCACUUUAGAUCAAAUCCUUUUUCCACAAAAGAGAGCAUCCAUAGGAAAGAGUCUCCAUAAACAUGAUAUGCACAGAAAGAGCUUUAGGAUGUAUUCAGACUUAAGAAAAUGUAAUGGACUUUACUCAAAGAAGAUCAUUUCUAAGUAUAAUGAAUGUGAGAAACCCUUCAGUUAUCGUUCAGACCUGACUGAAUAUCAAAGAAUUCGUGCUGCAGAAAAACCUUAUGAAUGCAAUGGAUAUGAAAACGCCUUUUGCUGGAGUACACAACUUAGAAUACAUCAGAAAAUUCAUACUGGGGAGAAGCCUUAUGAAUGUAAUGAUUGUGGAAAGGCCUUCCGCUGGAAUUCACAGCUUAUUCAACAUCAGAGAAUUCAUACUGGAGAGAAACCUUAUAAAUGCAAUGAAUGUGGGAAGGCCUUUCACCAGAGUGCAGUACUUACUCAGCAUCAGAGAAUUCAUACUGGAGAGAAAUUAUACGAAUGUGAUGAAUGUCAGAAGUCCUUCCACUGGAGCACACAACUUACUGUACAUAAGAGAAUUCAUACUGGAGAGAAACCUUAUAAAUGUAAUGAAUGUGAGAAGGCCUUCCGACGAAGCUCACAGCUCACUGAACAUCAGAGAAUUCAUACUGGUGAGAAACCUUAUGAGUGUAAUGAAUGUGGGAAAACCUUCCGCCAGAGCUCACAGCUUACUCGACAUCAGACAAUUCAUACUGGAGAGAAACCUUAUGUAUGUAAUGAGUGUGGAAAGGCCUUCCACCAGAGUGCAGGACUAACUCAACAUCAGACAAUUCAUACUGGAGAGAAACCUUAUGAAUGUAAUGACUGUGGGAAAGCCUUUAGCCUGAGCACACGACUUACAGUACAUCAGAGAAUUCAUACUGGUGAGAAACCCUAUAAAUGUAAUGAAUGUGGGAAAACCUUUCGCCAGAGUGCAGGACUAAAUCAACAUCAGACAAUUCAUACUGGAGAGAGAGCUUAUGAGUGUAAUGAGUGUGGGAAAUCCUUCCGACAGAACUCACAGCUUACCCGACAUCAGGUAAUCCAUACUGGAGAGAAACCUUAUGAAUGUAAUGAAUGUGGAAAGACCUUCUGUCAAAACUCACAGCUUACUCAACAUCAAAUAAUUCAUACUGGAGAUAAACCUUAUGAAUGUAAUGAAUGUGGGAAGACCUUUCGUCAAAGCUCACAGCUUACUCGGCAUCAAAUAAUACAUACAGGAGAAAAGCCUUAUGAAUGUAUUGAAUGUGGGAAAGCCUUUCGACGGAGUACAGAACUUACUCGACAUCAGACAAUCCAUACUGGAGAGAAGCCUUAUGAAUGUAGCGAAUGUGGGAAGGCAUUCCGCCGUAGCACAGGACUGGCUGAACAUCAAAGAAUCCAUACUGGAGAGAAACCAUAUGAAUGUAAUGAAUGUGGGAAGACCUUCCGCCUGAGCAUUGGACUUAAUGAACAUCAAAGAAAUCAUACAGGAGAGAAACCAUAUGAAUGUAUUGAAUGUGGGAAGGCCUUCACCCUGAGCACACAACUUAAUCGACACCAGAGAAUUCACACUGGAGAGAAACCUUAUGAAUGUAAUGAAUGUGGGAAACCCUUUCGACAGAGAGCUCACCUUAGUCAGCAUCAAACAGUUCAUACUGGGGAAAAACCUUAUGAAUGUAAUGAAUGUGGAAAGGCCUUUAGCAGAAGCACUGGACUUACAGAACAUCUGAGAAUUCAUACUGGAGAGAAACCUUAUCAAUGUAAUGACUGUGGAAAGACCUUCCGAUUGAGCACAGGACUGGCUGAACAUCAGAGAAUACAUAGUGGAGAAAAACCAUAUGUGUGUGAUGAAUGUGGGAAGGCCUUUAGCCUAAGCAAGCACCUUACUCAACAUUAUAGGAUUCACACUGAAGAGAAACUUUAUGAAGGUAAAGUUUAGCUAGAUUACACACUUUAUGGAAGAUUAGAGAAACCUUAUAGAUUAAUUAAAUCCCUGUUUAAUUUCCCCCAGUGGCUGCAUUAGAUCCUUCCCCUCACUCUCUAGCUCCCUCCCUCUUCCAUCCUCCAUACUUAUAGCAGAUAAUUUGUGCACUAAGAAUAUCGUGGCAGUCUUAUUGGAACUUACUUCCAUUUCUCAAUUGAUCUUAGAUGUGACAACUGUUCUUCCUUCCUUAUUAGUGUCACAGAAGAGAUCUCCCUAUUCUUUAUUUAAGCCAAUUCCUUUGCCUGUUCCUUUGACUCAUCACCUCCUGCUUACUCUAGGAUCUUCUUCCAGCAAGCUUCUCAUCUCUGACAUGUACACUCUCUUUCCUAGCUGACUACAAAACAGUCAGGUAUUCCCAAUUUGCUGUGUACCCAAUCACACUACUGUCUCACCUCUUUUCUUUUCUCCCUUUCAUUGCUCAAGUCAUUAAAGAAGUUGUCAAUACUCAAUAAUAAUAGUAACUAACAUUUAUAGUGUUUUAAGAAUGAUAGAGUGCUUAAUGUACUGCUGAAGUAAUUCUCACAUCAACACUGUGAAAACAAUCCACCAUGGAGGCUUAGAAAGGUUCAAUGAAUUGUCUGUUGUCAUACAGCUGUUGUGUCUCCAGUUCUUCAUCACUCGCUAUCUCAUCACCAUGCAAUCUACUUUCUGGCCCAACCAUUUUACUGAAAUAGCUUUGCCAAAUCACCAGUGAUCUGAUAAGCAAAUACUGUGGCCUUUUUGUUCAAUCCAAAUCCUCCUUUACUUCUGUGGACUAUUUGACAUAGUUAUCUGUCUUUUCCUUCUAUAAACUUUCUGCAUCCUUUUCUUUGCAAUAUCAUUCUCUUAGUCAAUAGUAAUAACAACACAUCUAAAUUGUGCUUUGAGGUUUGCCAAGCUCUCAUCCCACACAUUGGUAAUACACUCACAUGGGGAAACUGUGGCACUGAGAACUUAAGCCAUUUCCCCAUGAUCAAAGAGCUUGUGAGUGUCUUGACUCUAAGGCAGGAGAUUUUAGUGGACUUGCAAGCUCAAUAUAAGUCAACUCUAAGAUGGCAGCUAAAACAAAAAACUAAUCUCAGACUGUAUCAAGUGAGGCAAAAGAUUCAGAAAUUCAGUCCCUCUGUCCUCUGCCAUGGUCCAUCCACAUCUGGAGUAUGGUGUUUAAUUCUGGGCAUCACAGGUUAGGAAAGACAUUGAUAAUUGGGGUGUGCGUAAAAAAGUAACCAAGGCAGGGCAGCUAGGUGGCACAGUGGAUAGAGCACCGGCCUUGGAUUCAGGAGUACCUGAGUUCAAAUCGGAUCUCAGACACUUGGCACUUACUAGCUGUGUGACCCUGGGCAAGUCACUUAACCCCCAUUGCCUCACAAAAAAAAAAAGUAACCAAGGUGAUGACUGAGUCCAGGUCUUAUGAGAACUAGCUAAAGGAGCUGGGCGUGUUUAGGUUGAAGAAGAUUGAAGAAGGGCAUGAUGACUGUCUUCAAGCACUUGAAAGGCUGUCACAUGGAAGAGGGAUUCAGUUCGUUUUGCUUGGUUCCAGAGGUUGGAACUAAGUAGGGCAGAUAUAAGGAAGAACUAACAAUUAGAGUAGCCCAUAAGUCGAAUGGAUUGCUUUGGGAGUUAGUGGCCUCCCCUUCAUUGAAGGUCUCCUAGCAGAGCCUGGAUGACCACCUUUGAAGUACAUGAUGGAAGGGAUUAUUUGGGGAUAUGAGUUGGACAGAUAUCUCUGAGAUCUAGUUCUGAAGCUCUAUGAUUAUGCAAAGACAUGCCUCUCUCCAUUGGUUUCUGGCAAAGGUUGGCUGUCCACCUGUAGGGUAUAAUAGUAAUAGAUAGCAUUUAUAUAGUGCCUACUAUGUGCUGGGCACUGUCCUAAGCACUUUACAAAUAGUAUCCUAUUUCAUCUUCACAAUAGCCUGGGAGGGAGAUGCUAGGGGCUCAGUGAACAAAUGUCUCUUGAAAGAAAAGAACACUUGUCAUUGUAAAUGAUUCAAUGGUUCAAUCUCAAUCAUAUCCUAAGAUUAAAAUAAUUAUCAAUGUAAAAUGCCAUCAUCCAUCAAACUUAACAAAGUCAAUUAAAGUGAUAAAUUCCAGUAAUGGUAUAGCCAAAUCAAUAAGCACGUAGUUAUAUUGACUGGGAAGCUGGGGGUUGAUAUUUUCUGGAAAGCCGUUUGGCAUGAGCUAUAAAACCUAUCUUCUUGGCCCAGUGACUUGCUUAUGAACACCCAACAACCUUGAGAAUAUCUGUGAUGGGGAGUGGGUGGUGAGUCAGGAAAAUACCUGUUUCUGUAAAAUUCUUUGAAAUGCAAUUCACAGGAAUAAAAAUUCUGGAGACAACCCAGGUGUCCAAGGAUUAGGAAAUCAGCUGAGCAAAUUAGUACAUGACUGUGACAGUGACUGCAAAGAACAAGGAGUUGUGUGGGAAGCCUUUCAUGAAGGGAAGUUAGUGAAAAGGAAAUAGAAUCUGAAUUGCAAUGUAUAUGCUGACAACAACUAUGGAAAUAAUAGCAAUAGAAUCCAGACAAAUAUGUAGAAGCAAAGAGGACAUUUGUGGGGUUAUUUGGUCAAUAUUAAGACUUUAAAAAAUAAACUAAGUUUCAUAUAUGAACGUUCAAUCAUUCUUGUAUUGAGUGUUUUGUUGGUAGUGUAGAAUAAAAAUUAUUUUCCAUUAAAAAUGUAAUGUUUAAUUUGAAUAUUCAGUAAAAUACCAGAUUUUCAAAAUAAGGUUAAAAAUUCUGAGAGGACCCCAGAUUGUCUUAACAGUACUUCUGGUAGGCACCCCUGUUGAUAUCAAUUCAUUUUAUUUAUUUAUUUAUUUUAAAUUUUCCUGAUAUCAAUUCAUUUUGACAAAUAUUAUUGAGUACCUUCUAUCUGAAAGGCAUUAUUCCAAUUUUAGGGCUUAGCCCAAUUCUUAGUGACAUUGACUCUGAGGCUACCAGGGAAUGCUAAAUGUGUGUGGUCUCUCUCCCUCCUGGUUCUUCUCCUAUCUACCUUACUGCUCCUCAGUCUCCUUUGCUGGAUACUCUUUCAGAUCAUGCACUCUAACCAUAGGUGUCCUGCAGGUUUCAGUCCUAGUCUCUCCUUUUCUCACUCUACUUCAUUUGAUCUCAUAACUUCUGUGGAUUUAAUUACCACCUUUAUGUUGAUGACUCUACCUAUCCUCAAACUCUCUGCUGACCUCCAGCCUAACAUCUCCAGCUGCCUUUCAGACAUCUUGAACUGGAUGUCCAGUAAACAACUUAAAAAUUAACAUGUCUAAGGCAAAGCUCAUUAUAUUUCUCUGUAAUCCCUAUCACUUUGACUGAAAGUGAAUGCAGAUCCAAAACAAUUUCAAAGUACUCAUGAUAGAAAAUGUUCUCCACAUCCAGAAAAAAGAACUGUGGAUUCUGAAUGCAGACUGAACCAUAUGGUUUCUCCUUU